AUGGCAGAAGCAUUCAAAUUCAAGUUGCUGCUUCAAUCCACUCCUUAUUAUGCUCAAGCCAAUGGACAGGCAGAAUCAAAUAGCAGUCCAGUCUCUCAGAAUUGCUCAUCAACACAAUCUGGUUACUCUCAAGCCAUGCUGCUAGAAUUAGAAGGAUUGGAUGCAAGCAGAAUUGAUACCCUCAACAAACUCUUAGCAGGAAAACAGGCUGUGUCAAGGGCCUACAACAAAAUAGUCAAGAACAAGAGUUUUGAAGAAGGAGAGAUAAUCCUUGGAAUGGGGGCAUACAGAUUACAGGACCAAGACGGAGUUGUUCAUGCUGGCCCGAUUAAUGGCAAAUGGUUGAAGAAAUUCUACCCAACUAUGUGGGAUUCACAGGUUGUACAAACAGAUCCUAGGAUAGAGAACGAACAAGAUUGA